AUGGAGGCUUCUCAGCAACAAAAUAUAGAAGUUGAGGAACCUCCAAAUGUAGAAUCCAAUUCUCCUGAAAAAGAAACAGAAGAGAAAAACAAUGAAAUUGAAACUACAGUAAAACCUCUCUCUGUUUUACAAACAAAUAAAAAGAAGAUCAUAAAACCAAAACCUAAAAGUGCUUUAGAGGAAGCUUUAGCAGAAUUUAAUAAUCCAACUCCGUUUUUAUGGCAACAAUCGAAACCAAAGAAAGUUACAUCAUCAUCAACGAAUUCACCAUCUAAAAAACCUAAAUCUCAACCAAUUAGACUAUUUGAUCAAUCAAUAAAACGCGAUACUAGAAAAAUUCAAAAUAAUUCCCAUAAUCAAGUGAAAUUCGUGCUCGGACCAUACAAAUUUUCUCAUAAAGAGAAUGUUCAAAAGAAAGUUGCUGUUUUGCAAGAUGAAGAAAUACAACAUACAAAAAGAAUUGUUCAAGAACCGAAAGAAGAGCCAAAAGAUGAACCACAACAACAAGAAGCAGAACAAAUACAGCAACCAGAGCAAAAUGAAGACAUAAAUCCUGAAGAAGAACAAGGAUCUGAAACAGAUGAUGAAUCAAUGUUUUUAACUCAAGUUUCUCAACAACAAACAUACAAAGGAACUACUCCAGUCGCCAAAGAUGAAACAAAUAAACCUCCUCCAAACAAUAAUCCUCCACAAUCCGAUCUAAAAUACGAUAAAGAUUUUGAUGUUGAUAAAAACAUCAGUAGAAUACCAAAUAGACUUCUCGAAAUGGUCAAUCAGCCUCAUGAAAGUCUUACCUUCCAUGCAUUAUGCGGAUCAAUGCUUCCAGAUACUCCAAAUAAAAUAAUCAGCAGAGUUACGAAAGAUCUCAAAGGAAUUUUCCAACAAACAAUGUCAGCUGGUCUCAUAACAGAAUCGGCAUACGUACAAAACAUCAUUGAUGCUUUGAAAGCCGCUCAUUCCGGAAAGAAAAAAGAAUCUAAUACAAUUGAACUCAAAAACCGCCUUGACAAAGCCCAAAAUAAACUAAAUAACAUUAGAAACAAGUUCAAAGCCCAGGAAGAAGAAAUCAAUGCAGAAAAAGAGAAAUCAAUGAUCCAAUUAGAUGAUGACUUCCAAAUUGAAGCGGAAUACCUCGAUAAAGAGUGGCAAGAAGAGAGGACACAAAACAGAUUCAAUAAACCAUCAGCGCAUUUGAUAAACCUCCGAAAUGAAGCAAAAGUCAACUUAAAAGCUCACAGAUUCGAAGAAGCAGCAUUGAUUGCACAAGAAGUGGCCAAACUAGAGGAACAAGAGGCAGGAGAAGCAGGACAGAGAAUGGCACAAGCCUACAAUAACGCUGCAAAUAAAUUAAGGGCAAAAUACGAAAACGAAUUCAAAGUGAUGGAUGACACUUUUGAAAUGAAAAAACGAAAAAUUGCUGUGGACAGGGAAAGGGCUGAACGGCCUCUCUUGAGCAUAAUGGAGAAGCUAAAUGCACAGAUUAAGCAAUCAGAACAGGAAAGCAUUGAAGAACAGAAAAGAAUCGAAAAAGAAUCAAAUGCGUUUAAUGCGCUCUUAAAUAAGAAAAUUCCUCAGUGCAAACCUAUUAAAAUCGAAGGUAAACUUAAGUUACCACCUCUCCAAUCAUUUAAUAGAUCAAGAGCUAAAUCUGCAGCAUCAACCGAAUAA